UCUUGCAUUUACGGCCUGGCACAAGACCGACAACUCGGAAUAUGCCGGUAAUAAGACACAAGAUAAUAAUUCUUAUGGCGCCUCGUUAGCGCACCAAGUUUUCUGCUUGGCGCUCGUAUAUAUAGGUGCAAGCAAUAGUUUUGGACAAACAUUACUUAUUGCCUGUCUCUUGUCGUCUAGCCGGCUCAAAAUAAUAAAUCGUUCCCGCAGCACCGAACAAAAAAUGUUGACGCAAGCUGUGUUUUUAUUCCUUCUCGUUGGAGCCCUUGCGUUUCCUACCCAAUUUGGAAACUUUGGUCAGAGCGGUGCUUUUGACAGCAGCAAUUUCCAAAGCCAAGAUCAGUCCCAAGGUAAUGCGGCGGGUGCCGGUAAUGCUGCAGUCGGGGGCACCGGAUCCGCCCAGAGCAUUAACAAGGCCGACCACCAAGCCGAUGGCAAGCGAACCCAGUCCAGCGGCCUGAGCGCCAACACCGCCCAGGGUACCGGCGGUGUGAGUGCCGGCGGCGCAGCUCAAGCCGGUGGUCAGACAGCCAGCCAGAAAGCCGGACAGCGUCAGCAGGCUUUCCAGGGUACCAACUUUGGCACUACGGGCUUUGGUGGUCAACCUCAAUUUGGUAACUUUGGCGGCCCUGGAAAUGGAUUUUCUAACCCCAAUGCUGGCUUUGUUUCUGGUCCUGGCUUUGGUGGUAACAAUUUUGGUACCUCCAGCAAUCUCGGCAACCAGAAUUUCAACAAGCAGACUCAAUCGGGCGGUAAUGCCGCUGGAGCCGGUACAGCCUCCGCCAUCAAUGGACAGGCGACGAGCCUAAACACAGCCGACCAGUUUGCCGAUCAGCACGGAGAUAGAGAAAGUGGCACAAGUGCGAACGCGGCCGACGGCUUUAACCCCAACACCCAAGGCGCUGCGCAAGCUGGUGGUGCCACCCAGGGACUCAAGCAGGGAUCGAGGUUUAAUGCUUUCAACAAUCAGUUUAGCAAUGGAUUUUAAACGAUGUUUCCUGUUAAUGAAUGAAGUGUGAUAUUAAAUAAAUAUAAAGAUUUAUUAUUGCAUAAAUGCAUUGGUGAUCUAAAUUAGAGUCACAGAUUUUGAAAAAAUGGCAAAAGUUGUAAAAAGGCAAAAUAAUCUGACACAAAUGAAUGCUAAAAAACCGAAAAUAAAUCUGACGCCAUAAACGUGG